AGUCAGGAAGAAUCUGUGCUUGCCUGUCAUCUUUGCAUCCGUGCUCGAUUUUCAUUUGACAGAGCCGCAGAAGAACGUGAAAGCACAGCAAAAUGUCACAACUCCGGGACUUCAACAACAUCUUUAGCCUCAAUGGCAAAACCGCCCUCGUCACGGGCGGCUCUCGCGGAUUGGGUCUUCACAUGGCCUCCGCAUUCCUCCUCGCAGGCGCCUCUCUUGUCAUCAUCACAGCACGCAAGACUGCGGGCGAACAAGGCAUCGACCAGGCUGUCGCCAAGCUCAAUGCACUUCCCGGAAUCAAGGGACGAGCCGCAGGCAUUGCGGCAAACGUGGCCGAUUCCAAAGACAUUGUUCGCCUGGUGAGCGAGGUCGACGGUCUCGUGGGCAGCAAGGGGUUGGACAUUGUGGUGUGCAACGCUGGCGCCGCCUGGGGCUCGAGAUUUGAGGAUGCGCCGCCAAGCAGCUCCGUCAAGAUUCUGGAUCUGAACGUCAGGGGAGUCUUUGAGCUCGUGCAAAAAUGCCUGCCUCUCCUCGAGAGGGCCGCCACUAAAGACGAUCCUUCCCGUGUGCUCGUCAUCUCCUCCACCGCCGGCGUCAACGUGCCUCAUGUAGGCGAGCACGGUACGAUCAUGUACAGCACGUCGAAAGCGGCAGUGAAUCACCUUGCUCGGAACCUGGCUGUGGAACUGGGGCCGAAACACAUCACCAGCAACAUCAUCGCACCGGGUUUCUUCCCAUCAAAGUUGGCGCAGGGUCUGAUCAGUAAUCUGGGCGGCGAGGAGUCCCUGAGCAAUGAUAAUCCGCUCAGGCGACUCGGUGAGCCAGAGGACAUUGCUGGCGUCGCCGUGUUCCUGUGCUCCAGAGCAGGUGCCUACGUGAAUGGUGUCGAUAUCUCCGUCGAUGGAGCAGCAAGACUGGCAGCAGGGAGAUUGUCGAGGCUAUAGAUUUUAUUCCAGUGACAGGAAUAAAUACAGUGUGACAUGUGCCUCUUCUUUGUGCGUUUUCUUUGACAACACAAUCCAUAGUUUUCAUUCCAUAGCCAGCAAAUAAUGGUGGUAGUGCCAUAUGUACUUCAUCAUUCACAACAGAUAUUAACUACC